AUGGUUGAUGAUUAUACGGCGAUGCGGAGAGAGAUGGAUGCGUACUAUCCAAAGUCUAAGGAUAUUCCUCAUGAUCUACAGGAUAGAAUCAAUGCACUCGGCAUGCACCAUCGUCGUGCCGGCAACAUGCAGGCCCUGAUAUUUGAAGCGAUCAUUACUGAGAACACUGCCGAAGACGAGCCGCACGCACCUCCAAUCCGCAUCAUCAACGAUAUCGAUGACGAGUCGACUCCUCCGUUUGAAUUUUACUAUUCGAAUAAGAGGUGGCACGGGGAAGGCGUCCCCAAACCCGACCUCGAGAACCUGCAAGGUUGUGACUGCAACGGGCGCUGCGAUCGGAACUCUGAGACUUGCGCCUGCAUGAAGCGCCAGAGGCAAUUCCUGGAAGACACCGGAAUAACGGGUUUCAUUUACGACGAGCGACGAAGGCUAAGGACGCACGAAUACCCUAUCUUCGAAUGCAAUUCCCAUUGCAGGUGCUCAGACGAUUGUAUAAACAGAGUAGUCCAGCGUGGCCGGGAGGUCGCCAUCAACAUCCGCAAAACUCCUAACAAAGGCUGGGGUGUCUUUGCUGGGGAUAAGAAGAUCCCGGCCAAUACGUACAUCGGCGUAUAUGCAGGUGAAUGUAUUACAGAUUCAGAGGCCGAAAUGCGAGGAAGCAUAUAUAACAAGUUUGGCAGGACUUAUCUAUUUGAUCUUGAUUUCUGGCAUUUGAAAGGAGGUGAUGAAGAGUGGUCACCCAAAUUCACUAUUGAUGCUUAUCAUGCGGGCAACUUUACUCGAUAUUUAAAUCACAGCUGUGACCCAAACUGUAGCAUCAAUCCGUGCUAUAUCGACGAGGGAAACUUAGAUAAACCUCUCCUGACGAUAUUUACCUUGCGCGAUGUCGCACCAGGAGAAGAGCUUUGCUUCUCAUACUUUGGGAGGCCCGACGGUGAUGAAGAGGAAGAGGAAGAACCACCUGCGAAAUAUCACGAUGCCGUAUACAUACCAUGUCAGUGUGGUGCACGGAACUGUCGUCAACGCAUGUGGACAUGA